UCGGGAACCCGCGCGCCUAGCGACCGCGGAUUCGCAAACUCUGCGGAGUCGACCGUGCUGUCAGAAUCGCGAUGAGACUCGUCCACGGAGUCAUCAGCAAAUUCAGGCCGGUCCUCGGCGGCAUCUGCAGCAUCGUCGGGGAGCCCGUCAUCUCCUGCGGCAUGAGCGCCCUCCGGAGCGAGAUCCAGAGCUCCAACGAGUCGGCGAGCACGAUCCAGGACACCUUCCGGAGCACCAUCCGGAGCAGGGCGUAGAGCGCGAUCCGGAUUUGCAGCAGGAACACACGAAGCUUGAGCAGCACCAGGAGGCGGAGGCGACCCCGACGGCAGCUCCAGCCACCACAUCGGCGCGUCGGCGGCGGCUGGGGGCGGCAGCGCGGCGGGCAUCCUGCACCACGCAGCCGGCACCGAGCCCACGAAGCACUCGCCGUACGCAUGGGCGUCGCCGGCGGCGGCGGCGCGCUCCUGCACCGCCUCGGGCUCGGCCGCCCGACGAUCAUCAUGAUCAUCAUGUCUAUGGCCUCGGCCGCCAGUUGCGGGAAUAUCCUGGGCGUCAGGCCAGGCGCCAGGUGGGGCAGGUCGAGCAGGAAGCCGAUGAGCAACAGCAGCAAGCGCGGCCACGUCGCCCAUGCGAGGACGGCGGCCGACUCGGACCGCAUAGCCGAGCCUGCGCACGGGGGCACGGAGGUCCGGCUUCGGCGAGCAGCCAUCGCGGCGCCGGCCGGAAGCAUCUCGUGGCAUGCGGUCUUCCGAGAACAAUGGACGGUCCGGGGCGACGCGCAUGGGCUCUGACCCCCCAGUGGGAAAUGUCUCCACCAG